CUUUCUCUUAAAAAUAUACUAGGCAGUAAAGUCAUGUAUAAGAAGGCCAACACGAAUAUCCUCCGAUUUUGCUUCACUGUCGAAGUCUUCGAUACACAAUUUCAACCGUAAUUCCAGUCCGAGAUAUUCCAGUUUUCUUCGGGGCUUUCCAAGAUUUUGGCAAAAUUUUCGAUGCCGCCAUUCAUUUCGACCACCUCGAAGGCGGUACGGUCCGUAACAUCUCGUAAAAACGGCACCAUAGAUUUGAUUAGGUCCGUCAAGAACACCAGGCAGAUGCAGAAACUUGAUCCCAUUCGUUGCUUUAGCGGUAUUGUCCCGUCGGCCCAAUAUUCGGACAAGGAUCCUAAGCUUUGGUCCCGGAGGUUGUUUGAUAAUGGUCAUACUGUUCAAACGAGGCGGUUUCUCGGUUGCGGAGAUGGUGACGAGGGUGGAGUCCUGUCCAAGCUUUAUGAGGAGAAGCGUGUGUUGGGGUAUUCGCCAGAGCAAUUGUUUGAUGUAGUUGCAGCUGUUGACUUGUAUCAUGGUUUUGUCCCAUGGUGUCAGCGAUCUGAGAUACUUAAACACUAUCCAGAUGGAUCUUUUGAUGCUGAACUGGAGAUUGGUUUCAAAUUUCUUGUUGAAAGUUACAUUUCCCAUGUAGAAUUGAACAGGCCAAAGUUUCUAAAGACUACUGCAAAGGAUAGUACCCUGUUUGACCACCUGAUAAACAUAUGGGAGUUCAAUCCGGGACCAGUUCCUGGAACUUGCAACCUUCAUUUUCUGGUGGAUUUUAAGUUCCAGUCACCACUUUACCGACAGACUGUCACCUGUUGGACUGUCUCAGCCAUACUAAAGAACGGCAACAGCAACAACUGUUGCAUCCAUGUUCUUCAAGGAGGUGGUCUCUCGCCUGGUGGGUUCGUUCAGUGAGCGCUGCCGUUUGAUAUAUGGACCGGGGGUCCCAAUUCUUGAAAAUUCAUUUGGUCAGAAGGCAUAAGAGGUCAGUUUGCAUUUAACCGGGUGUAGUGCCUAAUGAAACAUCCAAGGAGUGCAGUCAGUUAGAACACAUUUAGAGAUUUAAACUUACUGUUCCGCCAGCCACUGGGUGGUAUUUUGUUCUGCCUGCUGCCCGGUGGGCUCUCAUUGAUCUUUGUUGAUUACAAUUCAACUCAAGCCGUAUCUCAAAUUAAAUAUCAUUUAAUUAUAUAAAUAUUCUUUUUUGUAUUUCAUUAUGUCACUUAGAUUUGCCUCUGAUAAGAGUUUAGAUGUGGAAAUUGAAAGACUGUUAUUAGUAUUA